GUCACAUAUUUGUAAACAGAGGGUCGUCCAUGGCCUUCGCGAAUGUAAGGGAUAGCGUGAUGAUUCUGCGCACUGCGCGAAACUCUAUGUUCUGCGUGUGCCCAGAACAGACAACGCUAUCUCUUACGUACGCAAAAGUGGUCGCCAAGGUCAUGCUGACGACUGGGAGGUGGUGGGUUGGAACCUUACCACCGGCUGUGCUGUCUGACGUUCUCCCUGGGUUUUCCGAAGACUUUUCAGACGAAUGUCGGCACAGGUCCCCCUUGAAGUCGCCCCCCCUCCCGCUCCUUUCUGCUGUCCUCUCUCCAUCUGUCCACAUCUGUACGUUUAUCUCAUAGCCACAGUUGCUUCGCGGCGCAAACACGGAACAAAAAGAAAAGAAACUCACUAAUAACACGCCACCAACCAACCGGCGAUUUCUCUCAGCAAUCACCAUAAUGUACGUCAAUGUCAAUCAAUGCAAUGCAAUGUCAACUGCAAUCAAUGGACAGGUAUGGAGCCGCGACUGCGCGAACACAUUCUUCUAUUUUUUUGUCUGAAUCGCACUUGCCCUGACGAUAGCACUACUUGACAUUCCAUGGGCCCCUGGAUCACCACUGCCUUCCGGGCUCGGAAGCGCCUGUUUAUUUUGCUCGUCCGACGAUUCAUUGCAAUGAAUGUUGUCACCCGCAAGGACAGGAAGGUGUGGCGCGACCGACGCCCCCAGCGGCAAGUGCAAGUGACCCGUUCCGACCCGACAAACUUGUUUGGGGCCAGAGAAGAAGUCGUCGGCAUAUGACGAGGAUCGCGGGAGGACCAUGGCGGCGGCUGGAUGAGCGACCUUCAUGGAUGUGGCUGGAUUCUGGGUACGGCUGACUGCCUUACUCUCCGUCUUUGACACAAAGAGGAGUGGAUGGGCGACGCCGUCGGGGACGUGCUUCCGGCUGUUCACCCGGCAGAAUCCGCACGAGCCGCUCUUCCUGGUCGCUUCGCAGAAGGAAUCCAUUCUCAACUCCACUUUCAAUGCCAACUGGGAGACGAAGAUUUACAUCCACGGCUACCUCAACAGCGGGAAACUGCUCGCACCAGAGAUGGAGUUAAAAGACAGAUUCCUGGUGCGAGGGGACUACAACGUCAUCAUGGUAGACUGGGGUCGUCAGUCCCAGGGCUUGUACGGACGCGUUGCGAACCAGGGAGUGCCCCAAGUGGCUCAAGAAGUAGCUGCCCUCAUAAGGGUAAUGCAGAACGUGACGGGAGCCAACUGGAAGAACUUCCACCUGAUCGGUACCAGCAUCGGCGCCCAUGUUGCUGGAUUCGCCGGAAAAUAUCUCAAUAGCCUCAUUGGGAGGAUCACAGGCCUGGAUCCAGCCUCGCCCCGUUACAAAGGCCUUCCUCCUGAGCGGAGACUGUCCAGGACAGACGCCCAGUUUGUGGAUGUUAUUCACACAGAUACAUCAGGGAUGGUGCCAUUUGGGGGCUUCGGGCUAAAGGAGCCCAUCGGACACGUGGACUUCUACCCCAAUGGUGGUGACAAGCAGCCAAACUGUUCGCGUGCUGACGUGCUGUGCGAACAUCUGCGUUCGUACGACUACUACUUGGAGACCAUCACUCGCGCUGGUUCUUGCACCAUGGUGGGCUUUGUGUGCUCCGACUGGGAAUCCUUUCAGGAGGGACAUUGCACCGAGUGUGGUCCCCGGGACGAUCGGUGCUUGCUCUUCGGUGAAGGAGCUGCCGAGAAAGGUCUUCUGCACGACCGCUCCAAGUCUCUCACAGUUUAUCUCAGCACAGGAGGAUAUUACCCGUAUUGCUUGUACCACUACCAGGUGAGGUUAGAAGUGAUCGCCGACCUGACCAGCAGACAACCCGGACGCAAUGGGUCUCUCACCUUGAGCAUCGGUCCAAAGGUGACCUUGGACAUCCCCCUCCGACCAGUCGUCGGGUACAAAUCAUUGGUGCAGAGCUACACGAAGCUGGUGACUUCGUUGGAGCCCCUGGAUCACAUCGCCGAGAUGACCAUCACGAAAAUGGUGGACUUGGCAAGCCUGGAGUCUCUCGUCAACUUCGUUUACAUGAAGCCAUUGAACUAUGCUAGUCACAGGGAGCAAGUUGUGCGCUCAAAAUUGUUCUGUCCCUUCGGAAGCAGCGUCGCGCAGAAGACGCUUUCGGUGCUCAAACUGGCAGCCUGCACUUCGGCGUGAUGAUUUCAAUAAACACCUUUUUUGUU